AUGGUGAAAGAUAUUGAAGAUGAGAUCAGAGACGAGAAGAAUCCUCGCCCGCUUGACGAAGAUGAUAUCGCUCUCCUCAAAACCUACGGGUUAGGGCCUUACUCUGCACCGAUUAAGAAAGUAGAGAAAGAAAUCAAGGAGCUUGCAAAGAGGAUCAACGAUCUCUGUGGUAUCAAGGAGUCUGAUACUGGUUUAGCUCCUCCCAGUCAAUGGGAUCUCGUGUCCGAUAAACAAAUGAUGCAAGAGGAGCAACCUUUGCAGGUUGCUAGAUGCACAAAGAUCAUUAGUCCAAACACUGAAGACGCCAAGUACGUCAUUAAUGUCAAACAGAUAGCUAAGUUUGUCGUUGGUCUUGGCGAUAAAGUUUCUCCUACUGAUAUUGAAGAAGGCAUGAGAGUGGGAGUUGAUAGGAAUAAGUAUCAGAUUCAGAUUCCUCUACCUCCAAAAAUCGAUCCUAGUGUCACCAUGAUGACAGUUGAAGAGAAACCUGAUGUUACUUACAAUGAUGUUGGUGGCUGCAAGGAGCAGAUUGAGAAGAUGCGAGAGGUUGUUGAACUGCCAAUGCUUCAUCCAGAGAAAUUCGUGAAGCUUGGAAUUGAUCCUCCCAAGGGUGUUCUCUGCUACGGUCCUCCUGGUACCGGUAAAACCCUUUUGGCUAGAGCUGUGGCCAACAGAACCGAUGCUUGCUUCAUCAGAGUUAUCGGCAGUGAGCUUGUUCAGAAGUAUGUCGGUGAAGGAGCUAGGAUGGUUCGUGAAUUGUUCCAGAUGGCACGGUCCAAAAAAGCAUGCAUUGUGCCUGAUACUCUGGACCCUGCUCUUCUACGACCUGGACGUCUCGACCGUAAGGUUGAAUUCGGUCUUCCUGAUCUGGAGAGCAGGACGCAGAUAUUCAAGAUUCACACGAGAACAAUGAACUGCGAGAGAGACAUCCGUUUUGAACUCCUUGCUCGUCUCUGCCCAAACUCAACCGGAGCUGAUAUCAGGAGUGUGUGCACUGAAGCUGGUAUGUACGCAAUCAGAGCUAGGAGAAAGACUGUGACUGAGAAGGACUUUCUGGAUGCAGUGAACAAAGUCAUUAAAGGUUAUCAAAAGUUCAGUGCAACCCCCAAGUACAUGGUCUACAAUUAG